CCAAUGAGGCAAUUCAUUUACUUUCAAAGGGCAAGUGAUAUCAGAGAGUGGAGUUUGAACCCAAGUCUCGUAAUUCCCUUUUGGAUGUACUGUCCAUGGACAUAGUCUGUGAGAAAGAACAACUAUUGAUAGCUGAAAACAAGAGAAAUGCAUCGAUUAUAUGGAGGAUUUGUAUUCUUUAGUCUAUGCCUCCUUUUCUUGGCACCAUCAUGCAGUGGAGGAAACAUUCUGGUGUAUCCGGUUGAUGGCAGCCACUGGAUAAACAUGAAGAUUAUUCUAGAAGAACUUCAUGCCAGGGGCCACAACAUCACUGUGAUCAGGGCUUCCAACAGCUGGUACAUUAAAGAAAAGUCUUCUCUCUACUCAUCUAUCAAUCUUGAAAUGGAAGAAGCCUUUGAAGAUUUCUUUGAUAUUUUCAUAGCUGAGCAAAUUAAGGUGCAGCGAGAAGGUGCUUCAUUGAUGACUUUCCUCAAACUCAACAGAGAUUUUCUCUCUAUGCUCACUCAGGCUCAUGUAUUGUGGUGUGAUGUUACGAAAGAUGUAUUUGAAAAUAAGACUCUGGCAAAACAAAUAACUGAUUCAAAGUAUGAUUUGGUUCUGACUGAUCCAGCAAUAGGUGGAGGUCUUGUCCUAGCCAAAUAUUUUAAUUUACCUGUGGUACUCAAUAUACGUUGGAGCCCACUUGGAGAAGGCCACCUUGUUCUGGCCCCUUCUCCACUUUCUUACAUCCCAGUACCAGGGUCAGGCUUAACAGAUAAGAUGGACUUCUUUCAAAGGAUUAAAAACAUGUUUUUUUACGGCAUCUUAAAGUUUCAGGAAAUUGUCCUGGUGGGGCCUAUCUAUGAUGACAUCUGCAGUAAGUACAUAGAAGGUGGAUGUAGUAUCGCCUCUCUACUUCAGCAAGCAGACAUUUGGCUUUUCAGAUCCGAUUUUGUGUUUGACUUCCCUCGACCCACCAUGCCAAACGUGGUCUACAUCGGAGGAUUCCAGUGCAAACCAGCUGAACCUCUGCCGGCAGAUCUGGAGAAGUUUGUUCAAAGUUCUGGAGAACAUGGAGUGAUAAUUAUGACCUUGGGGACACUGGUUAAUGCUCUGCCAAAAGAUGUUGCAGAUGAAAUUGCCACCGUCUUUUCCAAGAUGCCCCAGAAGGUGAUAUGGAGACACAAAGGGGACCGUCCCUCUACACUGGGCAAUAACACUCUCAUAGUGGACUGGAUGCCACAGAAAGACCUCCUUGGUCAUCCACAGGUUAAAGUCUUUGUAGCUCAUGGAGGAACCAACGGAGUCCAAGAGGCCAUUUACCAUGGAGUCCCAGUGCUGGGCAUCCCACUGUUCUUUGAUCAGUACGACAACCUGCUACGUUUGCAGGAAAGAGGAGCUGGAAAAAUCAUUCAACUUGCAGACUUGAACAGUCACACUUUUGAAGAAGGUCUUAAAGAUCUGCUCCAUGAUAGUAGCUACAGGCAGAACAUUCAAAGACUUUCUCGUUUGCACAAAGAUCAACCGAUUUCACCCAUGGAUCAGGCUAUUUUCUGGAUAGAGUAUGUGAUACAACACAAAGGGGCUCGCCAUCUGAUUUCUGAGGCUUACACGAUGCCUUGGUAUUCAUAUCACAGUUUAGAUGUUCUCCUACUGCUGCUGGCUGUACUAAUGGUGCUGCUUUACUUCAUUUAUGCUGUUUUCAGAUGUCUAUGCUGCAGAAGGAAAAGAAAGACAAAAACCAAACAAAAUUAAAGUUGUUAGAUUGUUUGAAAAAAUGUGUUUGACAUUUAAAUUGUAUGCAUAUAUUUAAUAAAACAUUGUAAUUUCAUAUAAAAGAAUGUUGAAAUUUUGAAACAAGGGAUUUGGAUAAUUGACUUAUUAUUUAAAGGUUAGCGUAUUACACUAAUCAAGUCACAGAUUCUCUAUGAUUUUUCGUUUUUUACUUUUUCUUUCAUUGUCAUGUAUGUACAAGUCAUUUUUUAAACAUUUUCCUAUCACAAUUUCACUGUUAAACUUGUUGAAUGUCACACAUUUUUAUUACAAUUACCAUUUAAAUUUGACUAGCUUUUGAAAAUGUUUGCUUUCUCAACAUUUUUCUUUGCAAAUUUUAUUCUGUUUUAAAUUCAGCAAUGAUCAUUUUUACCAUUAAAAACUUUUUUAAAUCUCCACAAAUGUGUAUACAACAUUUCUGAAAAGUCCUGUCUGAGCUUUAGUAUGCAAUAAAACUUGUGAAAAAAAAUGGUAGUGUUACCGAAUAAAGUAAGACAAUAGU